CCAAAGGGCCUAAUGCUCCAAUAUUCAACUACUCUCUCAAUAAUAAGUUUAGAAGCAGUCAAGAUUAGGGUGUGUAGCAUGAAAAUUUUGGUUUCUAUGAAGCUAGAUACCCCAAAUUGCAAAGCAAAACACAACAUUCCAAGGGAGACCAGCAGUAAUGUGUGCCACUCCGACAGCAGCUCCAACAACAGUAGCUUUAGCAGUAAUAGUUUCGGCAACAGCUCUAGCAACAACAACUCUAGUAACAGCAAUUUUGGUAGAGCAGCUCUGACAGUAGCUCCAACAGUAACAGCUCUGGUAGUAGUACUCCAGACCUACAAUAUGUUGGGUGAAAAUGAGGGUAGAAGGGGGUGGCAAUUUCCUUCGAUUCCCGUGGAGCCUCGCGGGGAUCCUCGUCACGGGGACGGGGCGAGGAGGAAUAUUCCUCCCCGUGGAGCGAGGAUGAGGGGCAUUUUCUCCCCCCAUAGCCCCUCACUCACUCUUGGUCUUGGUCGGACAAUCAAGCUCUCAAGUCUCACCUCACGUUCAACCUUCCUCUCCCAUUCUUGCUGCUACAGAUCUAUUACAGAUCUGCUGUUGGAGCUGCUACAAAUAUGCUGUUGGAGCUGUUACAGAUCUGCUCCUAGAGCUGUUACAGAUCUGCUCCUAGAGCUGUUGUCAAAGCUAUUAGUUACAGCAUGUAGAUCUGCUAGAAUUCCCUCUUUGCUUGCUGCCUGUGCCGGGCUCCAUCUCUGCUUGUUGCACUGUGCCAGGCUCCCUUUCUGCUUACUGCACUGUGCCGAACUCCCUCUCUGCCUGCUGCGUGUGUCGGACUCCCUCUCUCCUUGCUGCACUAUGCCAGACUUCCUCUCUGCUUGCUUGCUGCCUAUGCCGGGCUCCCUCUCUGCUUGCUGCACUGUGCCGAACUCCCUUUCUGCUUGUUGUCCUGUGUCGAACUCCUUCUCUGCUUGCUACCCUAUGCCGGACUCCCUCUCUGCUUGCUGCCCUGUGUCGAACUGCCUCUCUAUCAUCAAAGGCUGUGAUAAAUGUCUAACACACAAGAGCAGAGUGGUAAUUCAAAUUCCUAAUGAAUCAAGUGGUAAUUUUAUGGCAAGCCUAGGUCCUCUGACAACACCAACACCAACUUCAUCUUUUGCUAUGCCUCCUAUUGUAAUAGAAGAAGAAGAAGGUGUUAAUGAAAAUGAGAAGGUUGGCCAUAAACGAGCAUUGACUUCUAAGGCAUGGGAGUCUUUUAAGAGACAAAAAGUUAAUGGCACAUGGAAAGCAAUAUGCAUCUAUUGUAGCAAAAUGCUUGGUGGUGAAACUAAGAAUGGAACAAAACAUUUGCACGAUCACUUAAAGGCUUGCCCAUUGAAAUGUACUACUGAUAUAAGGGGUGGCAAUUUCCCCCAAUCCUUGUGGGGCCCCGCGGGGAUCCCCGUCACGGGGAGGUGCAGGGAUGGGGGGCAUUUUCUCAUCCCACAGCCUCUCACUCAUUCUUGGUCUUGGUCAGACAAUCAAGCUCUCAAGUCUCACCUCACUUUCAACCUUCCUCUCCCCUUCUUGCUACUACAGAUCUGCUGUUGGAGCUGUUACAAAUAUGCUGCUGGAGCUGUUACAGAUACGCUCCUAGAGCUACUGUCAAAGCUGUUAGCUGCAGCCUGCAGAUCUGCUGGAAUUCAUCUUGCUGACUGCUGAACUUUGUCUCUGCUCUACUUGUUGCCUGUGCUGAACCCCCUCUCUGUUUGUUGCUUGUGCCGGACUCCCUUUUUGCUUGCUGCUUGUGCUAGACUCCCUCUCUACUUGCUGCACUGUGCCGGACUCCUUUGCUUACUGCCUGUGACGGACUCCCUCUCUGCUUGUUGCCUGUGCCGGACUCCCUCUCUACUUGCUGCACUGUGCCAGACUCCCUCUCUGCUUGCUGCCCUGUGCCGAACUCCCUCUCUGCUUGCUGCCUAUGCCGAACUCCCUUUUUGUCAUCAAUGGCCGUACAUACUGGUCUAAUUAAAAUAAAUUCCAUUUU